CUCUGGUACAAGGCGAUGCGAUUAGCCCACCUUUUGAGCAAGUCAAAGCAAGUCCAAUUCGCAGCAGCGCUCAACACGUUUCCGCUACAACUCCGCUUCUCCCAUUGCCAAACACAUACAGAGUGCUCAAGAUCAUUGUUGCGAUUCAACAAUCAAAAUGUCGUUCUUCAACUCAAUAGGUCGCUCUAUGACAAGGGCACCCAGAGCCCCAAAACGCUCACCUACACCAACUUCAGCCACCUUCUCACCCACCGAAUCUACUAGUAGCAAUCAUAAUACUCCCACUCCUUCAUCGCCUGUAGUGCCAGCACCCGCCAAACCCCUCUAUCUCUGCAGUCCGUUCGUGGAAGCCGCAUUAGUAAAGGGAAACUUUAAAACAAUUGUUAUGCUACCUAAAUAUGUUGAUAUCAUGGAAUGGGUCGCUGUUAAUGUUUACGAUUUUUACACCAACCUCAAUGAAUUUUAUGGCGUCCUCUCAGAAUGUUGCACUCAACAAUCAUGUCCGACUAUGUCUGCUGGUCAGACGUUGAACUUUACUUGGAUCAACCAAGAUCGGAAAAGUGUGAAUUUGCCAGCGCCUACAUACAUUGACUAUGUCAUGUCAUGGUUGCAGAACCUUUUGGACGACGAAAGCGUGUUCCCGACAAAGUCAGGCCAGGACUUUGCUCCCUCGUUUCCUGCUACCGUCAAACAUGUUUAUCGUCAACUUCUUCGAGUGUUUGCUCAUUUAUACCAUGCCCACUAUCACCAGAUUCUCCACCUCCGCUCAGAGCCACAUUUCAACAGUCUAUUUGCUCAUUUUCUUGCGUUUGGACGCGAGUAUGAGUUAUUGGAAAUGAAGGAUGUCAAGGGCUCGUCGUCCUCGCCUGUUGGGAUUGGCGCAUUAUGGGAGCGUUGGAGGGAUAUGGGGAUUCUAGAAGCGUAAUUGCGAUACCCUACACCUUUAACUCAUGCGAUGUCUGGUACAUAUUCUUCCUGCAAUUUCAAAAUGUAUCACUAUGUAGUUAGUAGUCAGUGAAAUGAUAAAAUUGUAGUUGGGCG